GUAGAACUGUCACCUGUAUGCAUACUCUACUUCCUUCGACUUCAUUUUCACAUUUCGAUUCAGAAAAUUGAAACCUGUCUGAUAUCCUAUGCUGCACACAUAAUUUCUGACUAGUUGUAUUUGUUUCUGUUAAUAGGUGCCUCAUAAUGAGUUACAGAAGUAAAAGAACUGCUUUACCCCCUGGCGAGGCUCAAUUUUCUUCAAAUAAGAAACCCACUUCGACAUCCUUACAGUCUAAGUCCAGCCAUAUUGCAGUGUCACAAUCCGACUUUUCAGAGUCUUCUAACCAAUCCACCCAAUGGGGACCAUUUAGCCCUCCAACACUUGGAAGAUCACAAACGUUUGGGCACAUAUCGCAACCAAACAAAUCUUCUAUUAAUGCAUCAAAACCCACAUCUACAUCAUCUUCAUCUAUAGCUGCUGCAUCAAAAGCAGGUAUGCCAACUAUAAUGCCAUCAAACUCCCAACAAAAGAUGUCAUCAAAACCUCCUUUAACCCCAUCACAACCUAGAUCGUAUCCUAUGUUACAAUCUGUAACACCACAAACAUCGCAACUCCCUCAUAAAGAAACACUACAGCCUCACAAAGGAACAAUUCAACCUACUAAACCAUCAAAGCAUCAUAAGGUUACAGAGCAUCCGACUAUUCCACCUUUUACUAAAGCUAAAACUGGUGCACUUCCGUCACAAGAAACAACACAAGUCCCUCAUAAAGAAACAACUCAGCCGACUAAAGCAUCAAAGCAACCUCAAAAAGCUACCGAACAUCCAAGUAAACAACCUUUUCCUGGAGCUAAAACAGGUGCACUGCCGGUGGGAGCUUCACAACAACCUAUUGUCUCUUCUUUGACUGGAGCUAAAUCCCAAUUAGAAAGAAGAGUUGUUUCACCCCUGGAAGCUAUGCAACAAACUCAAAAGAAUCAUCCUAUGACGUCUUCUAAUUUUGGAGGUGAACCCUUGACACAACCACAAAUGAAUACAACUUGUUCACCGGGACUCCAAAAGGAGAAGUCUCCUGCAUAUAUUCAUGCUGAAAGCAACAAGAGGUUAAAUUUUGACUCUGACGAACCUGAAUCUCAAUCAGAGAGUGAAGAAGAGUUGUAUGAGUCAGGUGGAGUGGACAGUGGUGUGAAAAGAACAAAAUUUAGACGCCGAAGUAUUGUGAAAAAUUGGCCAGAGCAUGUCAAGUUUGAUGAGGAAGAAGAGGUUGUGGCAUUUGAUGUCGAUGGAACACGACACCUUGUGAAGGGUUCUGUUCAGCCUCGAGAUGUGUGGAAUGAUGCACCAGGAUUUAGGUACUUCGUCAAAUUUAAUGAAUUCAACCAACCUCUUCACAAAGGUGGCUCCAUCCUUGUGAGUUUCUUAGGAGACAUUGCUAAACGAGAAGAAUUUUGUCCCGUGGGAAUUUUAAAUUGGCGUAAGUUGAGCUCGAAUAUGAGAGGCAAUAUUGUUAACCUUGUUCGGGCACAUUUUCUGUUACCCGAUGGAAAGGAAAUGAGGAAUGCUAUUUUGAAGCGUAUUGGCAAAGCAUGGAAAAAUCAUAGAUAUGCAUUAAAGAAGGAUUAUUUUGAUCCCGUGGAAAAAACGCGUGAGCAAAAUUAUGCUAGUAUACCUGAUGGAAUCACAACUCAAAAUUGGAGUUUUCUGGUUGAUUAUUGGCUUUCAUCGGACGCCAAGAAAAUGUCUGAACUCGGAAAAGCUGCUCGUGCGUCGCAAGUUCUCGUGCGCAAGAGUGGUGCUAAAAGCUUUGCAAAUCGCAGAGCUAUUUUGGAAAAACAAAAAGGUGAUUUCAAUUAAUUGGAGUUUUUUAAAAGUGUUUACAGCGAAGGAGAUGGAAGCUUCAAAGAGGGCACAACAUCUCGUCAUUUUCUGGAGAAUGAAAUAAAGAAGGUGCAAGAAAGCCUUGAUAACUCCUCUGCUUCCAUUCCCAAGGUUGAUAUUGAAAAUGAAGUUUUCAAUCAACUUAUGUAUCAAGGCGAGAUCCCUAAGAGUCCUCUAAAUUAUGGCUUUGGUGUGAAGCAAAGCGACAUCUUUGGAGUGGAAGGACAUUUAAGGAAAGAAGGGUCUUACUAUGUCAACAAUAGUGAUAUGGAAGUGGAGAAGUUGAAGGUUGCACUGUUAGAUAUGAAGAAGCAAAAUGAGGAUCUUGCUGAACAAAAUCAAAUAUUGAACACAAAAUUUGAUGCAGUUGGUUCUAUGAUGGCACAGGUUUUGAAGGCAACACGUAGUGGAAAUGUUUCAUCAGAAGUUAUAGAUAAUGCUAUACAACUACUUGAUUCUCAGGUUUGGAAUAAACCAUUUCUUUUUUCAUCCGCUUGACUCUACUAUAACACCACAUUGCAAAUUUUUCUGACCUACUUAAAAUUUUCUAAGAUCAAUCAAUAAUACUGAUGCUGAAUAAGACUAUAAGAGCAGAACUACAUAAACAAGUGUGUCAGCUUACCUGAAAUUAUUAAGGCUGAUGUGAGUUUUCUGUUUCUCUUGAUCUCCUUGAGUUGCUUGAUUUGCUACACCUGUUCACAUACUCUGAUGUUCUUGACGGUACAUCUAUUAUUGAGGAUAGCUUUGAAUAUGUUGAUGCACCUAUUGUGAGGAUUGCUGGUGUUGACGUACCAAUGCCUUAUGCACCUUUUUUUUCAUCCACUUCAUUGCUGGAUUGCUAUUUUAGGUGGUUUUAGGUUCGGUUAGGGAGAAGUGGUGUUAGUUAGAGGCAAGUUAGUACGUUUUAGGUAAAUGUUUGAAAGUUAGUCAUUUUAUAUAGCUAGAUUGAUAAAGAAUACAGUAAAAAAAUAUUCACCAUUUAUUAAUAAUUAAAAAAUUACUUAUGGUUGCUGCGAGAAUGAUGAAGUAUGUUACUGAUUAUGGGGAGUACGCUAGUAGGGUGUUCAAGCCCCCUGUAAUGCUCACUCCUGUUGUGUCUUCAUGGAAGUGCCAGGGGUUGGUUGGGUUAAAAUUAAUUGUGAUGCUCACAUUGGCCAAGCUACAAGGUUGCUGCUUGCAGGUAUGGGCUGCUCUUGGCGUGCAGGUUGGGGUACAGUAGAGUGAUUAUUGAAAGCGAUGCCCAGCUUGUUGUACGUCGUCUCAAGCAGCGAAUGCAGGGGUUUGAUCCCUUUAGUUUGUUUUUGGAUGAUAUUUUAUCCAUUGCUAAUUUGCUAGUUCUUUUUCUGAUUUUUCGUUUUCUCAUAUUAAAAGGGCAGGUAAUACUUGGACCAUAUUGAGCAGACAUUUUGCAGUUUGUUAUCUUUAUCCCUAAUAUUUGAAUAGGAAUGUCAUUUGUUAUUAGCCGAGCACAUACCGCCUUUAAUAGCAAUGGGUUAAUUACUUGUGUUGUGCAAGAAAGUGACUAUUUAGUACAAAAAUUCUUGUUAGCUUGGCGUAUUACUAGACAGUUAUGUGCUUGGUUUACGUUCCUCUAUGGCAAAUAUUUUUUGUUUAACUUCUCUAAUUUUUCAAUAUUACUACUACAAUAAUUGUUCACAUAUCAAAUUUUCUUCGCAUGUUGUUGAUGAUGUAGGCAGCAAUGGUAAAAAGUAAAUGAAGAGCGUGAUUUGGCUUCAAGCACUCUUAUUAUAUAUAUGUGUGGGUAUUUAGUAGCUUUUAUAGCGUUGCGUAUAAUUAGUUUGGACAUCUUUUUUAGGAAAAUAUCUAUAUAUAUCUCUGUAUUCAAAUACUACACUUGUUUAGUUGAAUUGGAUGUAUAUAUAACGUUAUUAUGUAAACGGAUUUAUAUAUAUAUAUA